UACCACACGAAAUUGGAGUUCAUUUGCUGGGCAUAGAAUUAGUACAAUGAGAUUUUCUUCACAAACUUUGACCUUCUUUUUGGUCGCAUCGAUGGCUGCAGAGGUUUCAGCUUCAUCGGUUGUCGCUGAAAGCAACACACGACUACCGAUGAGUUUAGCGACCGUGAUUUCCGAUCUUGAAGCCGAAGGAGUGUCAGAAGUUGCUCCAGCUUGUUUCUUGACUAGUCGGGGUGUCACCGAAUCUAAGAAGGCAGAGCUCUUUGGUCUUGAAGAUGCUACGGCGACUGCCUUUGGUACUGAAUCGGGAGUGUGCAUGGCCCUUUCGACUGGUGCGUGCUCCGUACCAGAAGCGGCUUCGACUGCCGUAGCCUGCGAAGGAAGCGUCGUUUAUUAUGCUGAUGAAGACGACUUGGCAAGGGGAGAAGKGUUGUUCGAUAGCUUAGGCCCCGCAAUCGAACGUAUUCUGAAUGAUAGUGACGGAAUCAUCACUGGAUCACCUUCCUUGAUCGUUGUAACUGAGAGUCCAGAAACCACCAAAGCUAGGUUGGAAGAUUCAGCAACUGAUGUCCUCGCAAAUCUUGUAUCUUCGAAGAAGAAAGUUUGUUCAUUGAACGAUGUAUUUGAUACCGUCCAAUAUGUGAAGACCGCAGACGAGGCCUUGGACCUAUUGGAUGCAUCAAAAGAUCCUGCAACAGUCCAGGAUACUAUUGCGUCUACCGUAGCUUCGGACUUCUGGCAAAGCACCGGGUCGUCUCCUAUGGCAUUCAUUUCGUCAUCUUCCAAUAUGUCUCCAAAAGAUUUGGCAGCAGCACGAAAAUUAGGACCUGCUGCACGCAAAGCAUUGGAAACGGCAAUCGAGACAGUAAAAGCUGCAUCGGACGACAACCAAUCGAUUGUCCCCAGCUAUGGAGACUUGUGUAAGGCGGCUUCAAAGCGCGCUAUGGAAGAGCUUGAGGAGGUAGCAGAGUCUCCCGCUGUCUCCUCGUCGGCCGUUGGAAAGCAAAUCCAAGCCAACCUUCGAGAUGAGUUGAACGGAGAACUAGGCGAUCUGGCCGAAGGACAACUGAGCUUAUUGCAAGAGGCUUGUUUCGCUGACUUUAAGGCGAAGCUCUCCAAGCUGCGGAUUUCACCUGUCCUCGCCACAGAUAUGGAAAACGUGGCGAAAGAGUCUGUUGCUGACUUCGUGAAACGAGCAAAAUCGAUGCCCAUUGGAACUAAUGAUGCUAAGUCGAUCUACCAGAACCGAUUGCAAGAAUUCUGUUCCGAAAGACUCUUGGCUGCUCGAGCGGGUGGACAAUUCAAACCAGCACCUCGUAAGGGAGUAACGAUUGGUAUGCACUGGUUAUUACCCAAACCAUUCGGCAAUGAUUACCGACAAGAACCGUGGAUGGUACAGGCCACGGACAAUUUGGUCUACAUACCUCCGGAUAAGAUUACCGAUGUGAGCCCCGAAGAUGUCGCAUCUGGAGAUUGGAGGAGCAAAAUUGUUCCUUCACCGACUGGGAAUGAAAUGAUUUACAUGCAAUAGCCAACUUUAGAACUCAGAAAAAAUAUGAUAUUCCGCAAUGCACCCUAAUAACGAUUUGAGAAAUCAUCUUUAAAUUAGUCACUGUAGUAGGAGAUUUUGCCACUACAACAAUCGUUAAUCAAAUACAGCUGUAUCA